CAAGGCAAUCCGGUCACUGCUGAUGUUGCUGGGGGACUUCAGGCAGCUGUCGCUGAGCGUGAUCCAGCGCCUGAGCUACCUCACCCAGCUGUUUCCUCACACAUUCAACGAGAAGCUCUGCGAUCAGCUACUGCAGCACCUGGGCUGCUGGCUUGAGGUGGCUGUGCGCACCCCACACCGUGGUCCCAACGCCACCGAAGUUCGCCAGUGCGCUGCCAUCAUUGCCAUCUUCCAUCAGAUUCCCGCAGCAGGUCCGGCAUUUGUCAAGCCGCUCGUCACACUUGUCCUGCGUCACGAGCAGCAACUCAUGGUGGAGGCUAGCAGUCCCUUCCAGGCACCACUGCGAAAAUUCUUGGAGAGGCACCCGGCCACUGCCCUGGAGCUUUUGCUUGCAGAGCCACAAGUGCAGGAUGAGCAGCUGAACCGCUUCCUCGAACACCUGCUGCGGGAUGGUGCAACAUUCCGGGCAGCACUGCAGCGGAACACCGGCUGCAUCGAUCGGCUUGCUCAGCUGCUCGACGAAGGGGGUCCCGAGCUGCAACGGCUUGCCGUGCGCAUCGUGUCCGCAGUGGCACGCCGUGAGCCUCAGUUCUUGGCUGAACGGCCUGCUCUGGUGGCACGGCUACGGGCAGUUUGGGUCUCGGACAGCUUCCAGACUGCCGGCGCAGCCGGCCUGGCCCAGUGGCGUGAGCCCAAGCUGCUUUGUCGCUGCCUGCUGGGUGUGGUCCAACAGCGACCACAUGAGAUUGAGCUCCUAUUUCAAGUGAGCAGACGUUUGCUGAUGGUUCCUUGAUGG